UAGAAACAGGAAGUAUAUUGACGAUAAUAGUAUUCCGGGAAACACCUCAAUUAUUGUGUCAUUUUGUAUAAUAUUAAGUUAAUCUUUAUCUGAUUAUAUGUUAAGUUCAUUGGAAUUAAACAAUUUUAUCUUAUUAAAGAAAUUCUGUCUAAAUUCAUUUACGCGGAUUGGCGAAAUUGAGCGAAAUUUGUUGUGACAGUUGCCGGUUUCUUUUUGUGUAUUGGAUGUCAAGUGUGAGCAACGACCAAGAGCCUCCAGCUAAAAGACAGCGUGUUGAAAAUACACAAAGUGAUAACAGCAACUCGAAUUCAGUUGGAAACAACAUGGCGAAAAAUGGAGUUGAAGGGGAGAUUGAUGAAGGGUUGUACUCGAGACAGCUCUAUGUACUAGGUCAUGAUGCCAUGCGGCGGAUGCAGUCCUCCAAUGUUCUCAUCUCUGGAAUGAAAGGACUGGGCGUUGAAAUCGCCAAAAAUGUUGUGCUUGGUGGUGUCAAGGCGAUGACCAUUCAUGACACUGGAAAUGCUGGCUGGAUGGAUCUGUCUUCACAGUUUUUCCUGCGAGAAGCAGAUAUUGGAAAGAACAGGGCUGAAGUGACGCUACCCAGGUUGGCUGAACUCAACAGCUAUGUGCCCUGUAACUGCUACACUGGAGCACUGAAUGAGACCUUCCUAAAAGGCUUCCAGGUUGUUGUGUUGACAAACUCCAGCCAUGAGGAACAGAUGACUGUCGGAGAAUUAUGCCAUGCUAACGGCAUUAGCUUCAUAGUUGCUGAUACCAGAGGACUUGCUGGGAUGAUAUUCUGUGAUUUUGGCGAAGAAUUUGUGUGCUAUGAUGUGGAUGGUGAAGCGCCAGUCAGCAACAUGAUCGCUGAUGUGGAUGAAGACGGUGUUGUUGCCUGCCUGGAUGAGAGCAGACACGGCUAUGAAGAUGGGGAUUAUGUGUCUUUUACUGAGGUCCAGGGCAUGACUGAGCUUAACGACCAUGAACCCUUUAAAAUCAAGGUUCUAGGACCGUACACAUUUAGUAUAGGAGAUACCAAAUCAUUUAGCAAAUACACAAAGGGAGGAAUUGUCACUAAAGUCAAAAUGCCAAAGAAGAUGAAAUUUAAAUCAAUCAAAGAAGCUGAGAAUGCCCCAGAGUUUGUGAUGACCGACUUUGCCAAGUUUGACCGGCCGGGUCAGCUGCACAUCGCUUUCCAAGCAUUGUACGAGUUUGAGAAGAGAAAAUCAGCCCUUCCCUGCAGCAGGAGCAAGGAUGACGCCACAGCAUUUCUGGAAAUCUUCAAGGAGGUGAACGCAGCAUCUGCAGCCAAGGUUGAGGACAUUGAUGAAGACUUGAUUCGUGAGUUCGCAAUGGGAGCGCGGGGUGACCUUUCUCCGAUGGCCGCUGUGAUUGGUGGUAUCACUGCACAGGAGGUCAUGAAGGCUUGUUCCGGAAAGUUCAAUCCUGUAAAUCAGUACUUGUACUUUGACUCCCUCGAGUGUCUGCCAGAAGACAAAGAUACGUCCCUAACAGAAGAACUCUGUGCUGCACAAAACAACAGAUACGAUGGCCAAAUAGCUGUGUUCGGACAGGAGUUCCAGAAGAAGUUGGGAGACCUCAAAUACUUCCUGGUAGGAGCUGGUGCCAUUGGCUGUGAAAUGCUGAAGAACUGGGCUCUGAUGGGUGUGGCAUGUGGGUCCAACGGUCAGACAUGGGUCACAGAUAUGGACAUUAUAGAGAAAUCAAACCUGAAUAGACAGUUCCUGUUUAGACCUUGGGAUGUGACCAAGCACAAGUCAAUCACAGCUGCCGAAGCGGCCAAAGCUAUGAACCCGAACUUCAAAAUCACACCUCAAGAGAAUCGUGUAGGCCCUGACACUGAAAACAUCUACACUGAUGCAUUCUUCGAGGCCCUGGAUGGUGUUGCAAAUGCAUUGGAUAAUGUUGAUGCUCGCAUGUACAUGGAUAGACGGUGUGUGUACUACCGUAAACCACUGCUGGAAUCUGGGACACUCGGCACCAAGGCUAAUGUUCAGGUUGUGAUUCCACAUGUCACAGAAUCCUAUUCCUCGUCUCAAGACCCGCCAGAGAAGUCCAUCCCUAUUUGUACGCUGAAGAACUUUCCCAACGCCAUUGAACACACACUGCAGUGGGCCCGAGACACAUUCGAGGGAGAAUUUCGGGGUCCCAUUGAGACAGCAAAGUUGUACCUCACAGAUCCAAAGUUCUUAGAAAGGACGAUGAAAUUGCAGGGUACUCAACCAAUUGAGACAUUGGACACUGUACGUAAAGUUCUGGUUGAUCAGAAACCGGGAAGUUUUGAGGACUGUGUUAAAUACGCUCGUCUCAUGUGGCAGGAAAAUUACCACAACACCAUACAACAACUUUUGUACAACUUCCCAGCAGAUCAGACCACAAGUUCUGGAGCAGCCUUCUGGUCAGGUCCAAAAAGAUGUCCUCAUCCACUCAGCUUUGAUUCCAGCAAUGACACCCACCUAGACUUUGUCAUGGCUGGCGCUAACUUGAAGGCAGAGAUAUACGGUAUCAAGCAGGUCCGCGAUCGAAGUGCAAUCAAGAAGAUUGUUGAUACAAUCAGCGUGCCAGAGUUUAAGCCCAAGUCUGGCGUGAAGAUCUCAGUCACUGAUGCCGAAUUGGAGGCUUCAAACGGCUCUGGAAACUUUGAUACGGACCAGCUUGAGAAGUUGAGAGACCAACUGCCAAACCCAGAAAAGAUGAAAAACUUCACGCUGAAUCCCGUAGAUUUUGAGAAAGACGAUGACACAAAUUUCCAUAUGGAUUUCAUUGUGGCGUGUUCAAACCUCCGAGCUGAGAACUAUGACAUUCCUCCAGCUGAUAGACAUAAGUCUAAACUGAUUGCAGGACGGAUUAUCCCGGCUAUUGCUACCACCACUGCCAUGGUUGUGGGCUUUGUCUGUCUGGAAUUAUACAAGAUUGUUCAAGGGCACAAGAAGAUGGAGCUAUUCAAGAACGGUUUCUGCAAUCUUGCACUGCCAUUCUUCGCUUUCUCUGAACCUAUAGCAGCCCCGAAGAACAAGUAUUACGACAAUGAAUUCACACUUUGGGACAGAUUCGAGGUUCAGGGAGAUAUGACCCUGCAGGAGUUCCUUGACUAUUUCCAGAAUGAGCACAAGUUGGAGAUAACGAUGCUUUCUCAGGGUGUGACCAUGCUGUAUUCAUUCUUCAUGCCCCCGGCCAAGCGAAAGGAACGCAUGGGCCUACCGAUGUCUGAAGUUGUAAAGAAAGUCUCAAAGAAGAAGAUUCCAUCAUAUGUGAAGGCCCUGGUGCUGGAAUUGUGUUGUAACGAUACCGACGGUGAAGAUGUUGAAGUGCCCUACGUACAAUACCGAUUGCCCUAAAACUGCUUGUGACGGUUGAUCAGUCACUUGGCGAGUUUUGGGUGGAAUGAAACUACUACUAGUACUAAUAGUUUAUGGACACUGGCUGUGUGUUGACUUGCACAGGGAUAUUGUGCAUUUAUUAUCAUCGUUCAAGUGCUACAUAUUUUGAAAGGUGGUGUGAUUAAAAUCAUUCAUGAAAGAAACAUUAUUGUCACGCUGUAAAGCUUUUUUUAAAGCUCAUUGUAAAAAAGAAAAUACACAUGUAAUCAGGAAUAGUGUCAGACAUAGGUAUUUGCACUAAAUGAAUUAGCAACAAAUGAUCAAUGACUUGCAUAUAUGUUUAUCGCUCAAUAUCUUCUUUAAAACAGCAUUGUUUUCAGUUGAUUCAUUGCAUAGAGAAAUAUUUUGAUGACAAGACAGUUUUUGGUUUAAAAAAAAGGAGCUUAAUUUAAAGGGGUGAUUUGACUUCUCAAAACUUUUAUUUUAUUUUGGUGCAUAUUUCAUUGACCAAAUUUCUUGUGAUUUAUUUAUUUAGACACUUGAUUGUCUGCCUUUGACUUAAUGACAAAUGAUGAUUAAUGUUUGUACAUGGUUUACAAAUUUACAGAUUUACAAGUAAUUAUUGAAAUUGCAAGAAUAAAAGAUUGAAAUAUAUCAUUAUUAUGUUUAGUUAUGAUAUGUUCUAAAGAACAAUGUGUACUUGAUCAUUUGUAGAAUUAAAAAUAAAGAACACAAGUCCUGAAAUAUUAAAGAAAAUAUUCUUUGAUUUUGUAGAUUUUUGUUGUUAUGCUGUAACACUGUAACAGAGCACAAUUAAUUUGUAUGUGUAUUUGAAUGGUAUUUAUUAAACAUUUGAGCAGUCGUAAAAAAAAAUUAUGUGUGAAAAAAUAAUGUUUCUGUUACUAAGUCAUGUGUAUAUGUAGUUUGUAAAUGUGACGAAUUCAAGUCUGUUGUCCUGAUGGAGCUUUUUGUAUUGUUAUCUCAUUAAACAUUGAUCCAUUUGCAAAUUAUUUGCUUUACUUGGCCUGUUUUCAGGCUUGCAUAAUCCAUAUUGACCAAUAAAUAUUACAAAUGCG